GCCUUCGUAAGUGCCUUUUCAGACACACGCGGUUUCCGUUUAUACGGCGACCGCAUACACGGAUGUAAUCGCUUCACAACUACAACGGUUUUCGUCCGGUUACCCAUUGUGACAUCAAUAGCAGUGUCGGGCUGGUGUUCAUAUUGGCAGUAUGGAUAGAAAAAAAACUAUAGCUUUAUUGUUUUUGACAGACGUCGCUUGCGUCGUAGUAGAAAAACAUGGGAAAGAAUAUAUUGGAUUCAUCCAUAUGUUGCCAAAAGAAGGGAAUUAGGUGAUUUUUAUACGAAGUUUAUGGAUCUCCGAGAACAUGAGGAUAAGUUCUUCAUCUACUUUCGAAUGUCAAUUAAAUCAUUCGAUCAAUUACAUGAACGAUUAAAACCAUCAUUACAAAAAAAGAACACGGCCAUGAGGGAUUGUAUUGAGCCUAUACAAAUGUUGUGCGUCACGCUUAGGUAUUUGGCGAGUGGAUGUACAUUUACUGACUUGCACCUUCAGUAUAGACUUGGCAUUUCAACCAUCAGCGGUAUUGUUAAAGACGUUUGUUCUACUAUAUGGUGUUUAAUGUUGGGAGAGUGCAUACCUCCACCAACUAAAGAUAAAUGGGAAUCGAUUUCCACAGAAUUCGAAACACGAGCCAAUUUUCCUCAUUGUAUAGGGGCAGUCGAUGGAAAACAUAUUAGAAUCAGUAAUCCCUUAGGUUCCAUGUAUUAUAACUACAAAGGUUAUUCGUCUGUAGUUUUAAUGGCUGUUGCUGACGCAAAUUAUCGCUUUGUGUAUGUAGACAUUGGGAGUUACGGAAAAGAUUGCGACUCAUCGAUAUUUAAAAGAUCAUCUCUUUGGACAUCAAUUAUUAAUAAUGAUCACGAAAUACCUAUUGAAAAAACUGUUACUGGAAUAGACAAUUGCAAAUUACCUUAUUAUUUCGUUGGAGACGAAGCAUUUGCCCUCCACCAGCAUCUACUUCGUCCAUUUGGGGGAUCUCAACUUACAAUAAAAAAAAGAAUGUUUAAUUAUCGUCUAAGUAGGGCUCGGAGGUAUGUGGAAUGCACAUUUGGACUUUUAAGUAACAAGAGGAGGAUAUUGCACAGAGCGAUAAACCUGGAACCUGACUUUGCAGUAAUCAUAGUUAAGGCAUGUGUCGUUUUGCAUAAUUUUGUGCGCGACAGAGAUGGAUACCAGGUUGAGGAUACAGAUGUAAUUGUAGGCCUUGAUGAACUACCAAGAGAGCGGGAAACACGUGGAGGAUUACCAGCAAAUAACGUGCGAAAUAUUUUGAGUGAUUAUUUUAUGUCAAAUGUAGGAGCUUUACCUUGGCAAAUGUUAAAAAUAUAG